GUGAGCUGUGAUUGGUCAUAGCUUGUCACAUGGUACAAGGCUUUUAUUUCACACAUAGUAAGCAAUGAUGUCAGAAGUGACAUCUUGCUUACUACUUUGCAUGUGAUCACUGAUUGGCCAAUCAGUGAUCACAUGAUCGGGACCUCGUACAGAGGUCCCGUCCGACGAUCGGUGUUUCACUGUGUCCCAGGGGAGCGCGCACAAGCAGGGUGCGGGGAGGCCGUUUAUAGACGGCCACCCGACCCUGCAGUGCCACCGUCCGGCCGUUUAUAUACAACGGCCGGUCGGGAAGUGGUUAAGAUGCCAGCACUGAUGAAAGAAGACUGUGGGUGAAACCGGCUAGGAUGAG